AUGGAUAAACCCUCCGUUAAACACACUCCAGUCAAGCCUUCUCGCAUAGAGAGCGGCAUAUACAGUGCGGCCGCACCCAACCUCGACAUCAAGCGUCGCGAGCUCCGAUUCAGCAUGCACGGCAAAUACAUCGUCAUCCCGACCUCGCAGUUCCUGAAGAGCUACAUGCCUGCCGUCCGCCAACAGCGAAGUGGUCGUUUCACCAACAUCCUUCGGGGAAUUCCUGUUACCUCUGGCCAGGAGGUCAAGAUGUAUCAACCAUUGAUCGACGCCCUCAACAAAGCCAACCUCUGCCCCGGAUUCACAUUUGCCAUGACGCACUCGCGAGGCGACCCGUCCGAGAAGUCGAACGAGGCCGUAGACGUCGGCAUGUAUCCUUCUCUCCACACUCCUCAGGCUUCGACAGACCGUAAUGGCAAGGUCCAGUCUCCGCAAAACAACUGGUCGUUCGUGGAGAUCUGUAUCGAGUGCAAGACGGAGCCGGAGAAUCUCGACCCGUUCGAUGAAGACGAAGACGACAAGGAGCCGACCUCGAAGGACCGCAAGGGCGUCCUCGGUCAAAUUCUUUCGUACGCCGAGUUUGUCUUGACUAGGCAACAACGCACGUGUGUCUUCAUGAUCCUUCUCCUCGGCGACCUGUGCCGCCUCGUACGCUUCGACCGGUCGGGGGCAAUCGCCUCGCAGAAGUUCAACUACAAGACCAACGGCGGGGAUCUCAUCGAGUUCUUGUGGCGCUAUGCUCGAUGCGACACGGCUACCCGGGGCCACGAUCCUUCCGCCGAGCGUAUCAGUCCUGACUCAAAGCUCGGUAAAGAGAUGCAGGACCGUGCGGCAAAGAAGCAGCCGGGCCGGGUCGAGGAUUAUAUCCGCGAGAUGUUCGAGAAGUCUUUGAACAAAAGCUGGUCGUGGUGGAAGCUUCGGGUGGACAGCGAGAAGGGUCCGCGCCACUUCCUCGUCGGAGAGCCCAACUUCAGCGCAACUGGUGUCGCUGGACGCGGGACGCGCGGCUACGUCGCGCUCGACGCGGACAACAUCAACGGGCCGUUCUACUACCUCAAGGACGCUUGGCGAGUUGUGAGCCGCCAACUUGUCGACAAGGAAGGGAAGACCUUGCAGUUCCUUAACAAGAAAGGCGUCAAGCACAUUCCCACUCUCGAGUGCCAUGGAGACAUUAAGAAGCCGACAGCACAAUUCACCAAGACACCGAAGCUUUGGGAAGACUUGCACAAGGACAAGAAAGACGCUGUUUCUCCGUUCAAGAAGCACAAGCACUAUCGCAUCGUGGUCAAGGAGGUUGGGCAACCGAUGUCCGAGUUCACUCACGGUCAUGAACUGAUAUACGCAUUGUGGUGCUGUGUCUACGCGCAUUGGAAGGCAUACGAGGCUGGUAUCAUUCAUCGCGAUAUCAGCGCCGGUAAUGUUUUGCGCUACUAUGACCAGGACUCGAAGCAGUGGUGCGGGCUUCUCAACGACUGGGAGUUGGCUAAGAAUACCAAGACACAAAAUCCCGGGGGACGCCAGCUCGAUCGAACAGGCACUUGGCAAUUCAUGUCCGCUAGCGCACUCCAGGCACCGACGAAAGAAAUUGUUGUCGAAGAUGAGCUCGAGUCCUUCUUCCACGUCCUACUGUUCCUCGCCAUCCGCUUCCUUCACCACAACUGCGAUGAGGUGGCCAACUUCAUGCACGCCUACUUCGAUGACUACAGCAUGCUCAAUACCGGCCGCUACGGUUGCGGAUCGUUCAAGAUGCUGUGUAUGACGAAUGGACGCAUCGCGCUGGAUAUUGAAAACGCCGGAACGGCUGUAUCCCUGCUCAAAUUCACUUGGCCGCCUCCGAAACCUGCUCCCGAGACCGUCGCAUCCAACUCCGCGGACCCUCUUCCCGACACUGUUGCGCCCGGCUCCGCAAAACCUCCAUCCAAGGCCGCUGCAUCCACCUCCGAGAAGCCUCUCCCCGACGCCGUCAAACGGGUCCAUCCAUUGAACCAUAUCAUGAAGACCAUCUUGGAGUGGAUACAAGCGCACUACUCCCUGAUGGCCGUCACGAAUCCUGAAGCAUACAAGUUGGUUACCACAGCUCCAGAGGACGAUCCCGAGGUCGUUCAGCACCAUGUGGUCUUUCAUGGCGACCGCCAGCGACGCGCGAAACGAGCCGUCCCUAACGGCCGGCCGCCCUCACCGUCGACGCUCGAAGCACAAAAAGUGCUUGCUCAGAAUCUCCACACCCAUCAUGCCCUGCUCGAGUUGUUCGAGGUCGCCCUCGAAGGUGAUCCAAUCAACGAUAUCAAGAAGCCGACAUGGCCGGUGGCAGAUAAGACGACGGACCAGCUCCCGGAGGAGGGCUACAAGCACGGCGCCGACGUCAAGGCGAACACCACCGAACUCCUCAAGCAGGAAGCACAACGCCCCGGAGGUGUUUCCGGCGCAGGUCCGUCACGGAAGCGUGGGUCCGACCAAGUCGAGCAGCCCGCUGCGCAAGAGUCGCCGAAGCGUUCGAAGUCGGCGACACGCAAGUCUACUCGUAUUCGGAAGUCGCGCCGCGGCACCUGAGCGCGUCGUCGCGAUGGUAUAUUCGCCCUCGCCCCCUCGGGAGCUAGCGCUCUUCGUCCGCGAGCGCAAUCUGUGUCUCAGGACCAGGUCCUCCACAACAACCUCGGCCUAUCUCACCGCUUUCGCCCAUACUCCGCACUGAGCUGCAACGUACCCCGUGGUUCACCAGUCCGGUGAACCGUCCAGGAAGUCCGGACAGAGAGUACGACGCGGUCGCCCGCACGCCGAGAACCUCGCUACGAAACUUCGAAAGCUUCUGCCUGGAAUCUCCCCGUACCGUCUAGUCUCUUACAACUUUCCCUCCUAGCACAUCGUCCCUUAAACUCAGAUCUUCUCUCCCGUGUGGUGCGCAUACGAUCUUGUGGACAUUUCUUUCUGGGCCACACACUCCGG